AUGCUCUCUGCAUGGCAUGGCGAUAUUGCUAUCAACGAUGCACAGAAGCUCGAGGGUAUUACACUCUCAAGUCCAAACGGACAACAAACCCAUAUCUCAGCAGACAGCACUCUGCAUUUGGUAUCUAUUGUAGAAACAGCACGUAUACCACUAUUCAUCUCGAUCGGCAAGUCGUAUCACGUCACAACCUCAAACCCGGCAAGCGAAGCCUGGUUCUCCGGGACUCUGCUAGCCAGCACACAUGGCGAAGAUGAUCCUACUGCUUGGUGGCAGACAGCAAGGUCCGAUUCGCCAUUGGGAGUCCUUGUAGGAAUCAGCAGCCCACGACAUCUACAAAACUCACAGCACGUUCCGAAAGCCACCGAGUUCUUAUUCUAUGCUGCUCGUGAGCCUACAAAGAAUACAUUUGGAGUCUAUGCUCUGCCUCUCUGCUCGGACUUGCUCAAGCAUCAUGCACUUGCUGAGCCGACACCGCCGUCGUCACCGAUCAAUGGUGACUCGAGCAUCGAAGCAAAGUUCUUGCCCAUAGGCCUUGGGGAGCCUCGCGACGAAGUAAUCAAUGUGCCUCCGAUCAGAAAGCGUAAGACUGCGAUCGAUACUUUCGAUGAAGCUGCCGAGCGCCGAAAGCAAGUCCGCAGAAAGGGUGGUGAAGCGAUCGCCGCAGCUGCCUCUCGCAGCGUCUCGAAUGAAUCAAUCCCUUCCUUGAAACACCGAAGAACAGUCAGCAACACGCAGAUCACGACAAGACCAACGUCUCGAGCAUCGAGUGUAUCGUCCCUUCGAGCCGCACCUGCCCGGGAGAACUCAGUACCAGCACAAGCCAAACGGUCUGCGCUUGCCAAAGUUGAGACUGUAGAAGGAGUCACCGUCAUGCCAAAGCAGGAUUCUCUUGAGUCCAAGAACAAGGACUUGAUCACGAAAGUCGUGAUGGCUGGUAUGAGAUUGUACGGUCUUGUACAGAGCAAGAAUCGAAAGUCAAGAGCCAACUCUUUCGCAAACUCGCCAGCUCGAGAAGCCAGAUCCGAAGAUCUGGAACUCGAUCGGAAGAAUGACGAAGAGUACAAGCUGGUUUAUCACCAAGUUCACAAAGGAACCUGCUUCGCUUUCCGUCAACAUAUCAACAACAAAUCGCUAGCAAAUCACAGCGAAGCAUUGCGAGAGACCGUGGAUAAAUUCUUGGUCAUCCAUUGCAAUGACCCUUUGAUCAUCGACAGCAUGAACGCCGUAGAUGAAUGCACACCGAGUGGAAGAAAGCCCUUCGGCUCAGUCAUAGCUGUCCCCAAUUCGACAAGUAAUCCCUUUCUCACCGCGCAUGCGGCUGGCGGGGAGAGCAAGAGCAACACGCCAUGUGAUCGGAAGGCGUCGCUCAAACCCGAACCGACAUGAAACGGUCGGACACUGCAGUAUGCAGUACACGCAUCACAGCCAUUCCCAGGCAGCUCUCAAGAUUCCUUGGCCAAAGGACGUUGCGCAACUAGAUCAAGUCAUCUGGUCACGUCAACGAAUGUCUCACCACACCGCCAACGGAAGCACAACGCCAGCAUCUUCGACAUACCAGGUACUACCAAUAGAGUCACCAACAACAAGUCAACAAAAGCCACGUACAACCCAAGCACAUGCAAGAAGGAUUCUGCACACCUGCAGCCAUCCAUUCCCCGCCAACGGUGUCAUUGCAUAAACGAGGCAAGCACAGGAAGCGACGGAGGAUCUUGCGCGCCAACCCUGCCCGCCCGUGACGAAACACAACAGCCACGACAGAAGCACCAACGAGCACCAGCAACGAUGACUGGCGGAAAUGUGUCG